AUGUCCAAUUACUAUCAACAAGGUCCACCACAAGGAGGUUACUACCAACAAGGUCCACCACCACCACAAGGAUACUAUCAACAACAACAGCCAAUGUAUGUCCAACAACAACCACAAAGAGGAGGUGGUGGAUGCUGUUCAUCAUUCUGUGGAUGCUGCGCUGCGAUAAUUUGUUGUUGCUGUGCGGAAGAUUGUUUGGAGAUGUUGUGUAUGUAA